AUGGCCGCUCUCAAGAACUUUUGCGCAAACGUCUUCUACUGUUGUACUAGCCGCAACACAGUUGACUACGAGAAUGUGCUGGCCGACAGCGAGCGCGAAGCAGUCACCGACUUGCUGAACUUCCUCGAGAACAGACAGGAGACCGACUUCUUCACCGGCGGUCCCCUCAACGCCCUCAGUACUCUGGUUUACUCACACAACAUCGACCUGCAACGAAGCGCCAGUCUGACCUUUGCCGAGAUCACCGAACGAGAUGUACGCGCCGUCGAUAAGAACACGCUCGAGCCCAUCUUGUUCCUCCUCGAGAGCAGUGACAUCGAGGUUCAAAGAGCUGCUAGCGCCGCCUUGGGAAACCUCGCCGUAGAUGCACACAACAAGAUCCUCAUUGUUCAGCUAGGGGGUCUCCAGCCGCUGAUCAGACAGAUGAAUUCGAGUAACGUCGAGGUCCAAUGCAACGCCGUCGGCUGCAUCACAAACCUGGCUACCCACGAAGACAACAAGGCAAAGAUAGCCCGCUCAGGCGCUCUUGCCCCCCUAACGAGGUUGGCGAAGUCCAAAGACAUGCGUGUCCAACGAAACGCUACUGGCGCUCUCUUGAACAUGACGCAUUCAGAUGACAAUCGUCAACAACUCGUCAACGCCGGCGCAAUCCCCGUCCUCGUUCACCUCCUCACCUCGCCUGAUACAGACGUCCAAUACUACUGCACUACCGCUCUCAGCAACAUUGCCGUUGAUGCUUCGAACCGCAAGCGCCUUGCACAGACCGAGCCCCGUCUCGUCCAGUCUCUGGUCAACCUCAUGGACGGCCACGCCCCCAAAGUACAAUGUCAAGCCGCUCUUGCCUUGCGCAACCUCGCCUCGGAUGAGAAGUACCAGCUAGAAAUUGUGCGCAACGGUGGUCUUGGCCCCCUUCUCCGACUCUUGCAAUCCGCCUUCCUCCCUCUUAUCCUCUCCGCUGUCGCUUGUAUCCGCAACAUCUCAAUUCACCCCAUGAACGAGUCCCCCAUUAUCGAUGCUGGUUUCCUCAAGCCCCUGGUACACCUCCUCGGAAGCACCGACAACGAGGAGAUUCAAUGUCACGCCAUUUCCACUCUUCGCAACCUUGCCGCAUCGUCAGAUCGUAACAAGCAACUGGUUCUGGAAGCUGGUGCUGUACAAAAGUGUAAGGAGCUCGUCCUGGAAGUUCCGGUUAACGUCCAGAGUGAGAUGACUGCUGCUAUUGCUGUCCUUGCUUUGAGUGAUGAGCUGAAGCCUCAUCUGUUGAGUCUCGGUGUUUUCGACGUCCUGAUCCCUCUGACCGAGAGCGAGAGUAUCGAAGUGCAGGGCAACAGUGCCGCUGCUUUGGGUAACCUGUCAAGCAAAGGUAAGACUUCUGAGACUUCGGCUCUUCAAUCACCUGCUGACGGCUAUUCAGUGGGUGACUACUCCAUCUUCAUGACCAACUGGCACUCUCCCUCUGGUGGUAUCCACGGCUACCUGUCUCGUUUCCUCGCCUCUGGUGAUGCAACAUUCCAACAUAUCGCCAUCUGGACUCUGCUACAACUGCUCGAGAGCAACGACACUCGUCUUGUCAACACCAUCAACUCCGCUGACGAUGUCAUGCAGAUGGUUCAGGAAAUCUCAGAAAGACAAGUCGAGAGUGACAACGAGGAUGGCAGCGAAGAUGGCGAAGCCGAAGUCGUCGGACUCGCCCGUCGCUGUCUCGAAAUCUCAAGCGGCGACAGCAACAAGAAGGCUCUAUCUGAAGGCUGA